AUGCGGUCCACUCUAUGCAAUAUCUACGCAGAGUACUUCCAGCAUUUUGUCGCCCCGCGAGAUGAUGUGGUUGCAAGCACGCCCUCCAGACUCUGCCACGCGUAUCUCUUGUACCUCAACAAGCACACAGAAAAAUAUCGCGCAGAGCUGCAAGGGAAAGGCAAAAAGCGAGACUUGAUCUUCCUGCUGCACGAACAAGAAGCCCGCUUUGAACACGAACUCCGCUGGAUCAAGAAAGUCUUGCGGGCUUAUGAGUUUCAUCGUCAGUGCGCUGACCGCCAGCGAGAAGCAAUCCACAAGGAGAUUGAGGAGUUAAAAGAUGGCGAGCUACUUUUGUGGCUGGACUGGAAGCAAAACGUGACAUUGCCUCUGUCUCACAAAAGCACAGGUGAUGAAUACUGGGCAAGCUCGAGGAUGGAAACCAGCUUGCUAGGUGGCAUUGCCUACGUUGGCCGCGCCGCAGGGCCACCCCGAAAGGUUGGGCUAUUGUGGGUUUCGGAUAUUUUGGACCAUACGGCAGUAGCAGCAGGAUUGCAGAUGCAAGAGAUGAUGACACGUUGCUUGGGCCCUCUGUCAAAGUUUACCCGUGUGUCUUUGUGGUUCGACACGGGACCGCACUACCGCACAGUGGACCUUUGGUCCUUCCUGGCCCAAGAGUGGCUGCUGAAGGAGAACAGGUUGGAUUUGCUGUUGACAAUAUCUUAUUUCACCGAGAAGCAUGGGAAGGGCGAGGUCGACUCGCUUUUUUCUUGUUGCAACCAGUGGCUAUGCAACGCAACCAGGAAGCCUGGCACAAGGCUCGAGAACGUGGACCAGCUCAUUGAUGCUUUGCGAGCGGGGGCAGAGCAGGACAUGAGACAGGACCCACCGCCAAAUGGCAUGAAGUAUGUCAUCACGAAAUGGGACACAGUCAAGAAGCCCCCCAACCUUUGGAAGGCCGACGCCGAGAUCCAAGUGCGGAAAACAUACUGCAUCAAGCUCCAUCUUGCCGGAGAGCGCAGACGAGUGGUAUUUUGGAACAACCAUCGUUUUUCAGACUGCUCGGACGGCGAGCGGUUCAGUGUUGCGCUGUCCAAGCCCCGAGUUCCUGCAGCGGACCGCUCUUGGCGUCGAGGGUAUUAUGGCACUGACAAAUGGCGCAAGGCUUUCCCGGAGACGAACACCCGGAACACCAUGGUCACCCGCUUGGAAGCUCUCGAGCCGUACUCGCGCUUAGAAGUCAGAGACUCGACUUCGCUUUUCGAGAAACGUGCAGCUCGCUACCUUGCCAAGCUGGCCGUGGGCAAGGCACGAAAGACACGCCGAAGGCGCCGCGUGCAAGCCCAGAGAGAGGCCGUGGAUGCAAGCAGUAGCAGUAGCAGUAGCAGCUCCGAUAGCUCUUCCAGCAGCAGCGACAGCAGCGAGGAGGAGUGA